AUGGGUUCCCUGUGGAGCUGGUGGACCCUCUGGGCUGGAGCAACCCUCCUAUGGGGAUUACUAAGUGAGGCGCUGGCCACCUGCGAAGGCGUGAACUGCCCCCCCUGGCACCGCUGCGCGCUGGUAGACGCAAAGCCCACGUGCGUGGCGGAGUCCGUGGCCACCUGCCGCAUCCAGGGUGACCCCCACUACACCACCUUCGACGGCCUUCGCUACGACAUGAUGGGCACCUGCACCUACUCAAUCGCCGAGCUGUGCGGCGACGACGAGUCCCUGCCUGCCUUCACCGUGGAGGCCAAGAACGAGCACCGGAGCAGCCGUCUCGUCUCCUACGUGGGCUUCGUCACCGUGCGCGCCUACAGCCACUCCGUGUCGCUGGCCCGCGGGGAGGUCGGCUUCGCCCGGAUCGACAACCAGCGCUCGCGCCUGCCGGUCUCCCUGGGGGAAGGCAAGCUGCGUGUGUACCAGAGCGGGCCGCGGGCCGUGGUGGAGCUGGAUUUUGGGCUGAUGGUCACCUACGACUGGGACUGCCAGCUGACGCUAAGCCUGCCCGAGAAGUUCCAGAACAUGGUGUGUGGUCUGUGCGGCAACUACAACGGCAACCCCAAAGACGACUUCCUCACCCCUGACGGAGAGCAGGCUCCUAAUGCCGUGGAGUUUGCUGACAGCUGGAGGCUGGGCGACGAGGACUACCUGUGUGAGAACGGCUGUGAGGACAACUGUCCCUCCUGCACCCCAGGCCAGGCCCAGCAUUAUGAGGGCGACCGACUCUGCGGCAUGCUGACCCUGCCCAGCGGCCCCUUUGCUGUCUGCCACCAUGCCCUGGACCCCAAGACCUUCCUGCAGGACUGUGUCUAUGACAUGUGUGUGGUCAGCGGGGACCGCUCCAACUUGUGCCGCGCCCUCAGCGCCUAUGCCCAGGCCUGUCUGGAGCUUGGCAUCUCCGUCGGGAACUGGAGGGGGCCAGCCAACUGCCCCCUCUCCUGCCCAGCCAACAGCCGCUACGAGCACUGCAGCCCGGCCUGCCCCAGCUCCUGCAACCCGACUGGCGCGCCUUCCAACUGCUCCACGCGGCCCUGUGUGGAGGGCUGCGUGUGCCUCCCUGGCUUCGUGGCCAGCGGGGACGCCUGCGUCGCCGCCUCCGCGUGCGGCUGCCUCUUCGAGAACCUCUUGCUUGCGCCUGGCGAGGCAGCGUGGGCUGACCAGAGGUGCAAGAGGCGCUGUGUCUGCGACGCCAGAACACACACGAUGGUCUGCAGCGACACCCAGGGCUGUCCGGCUGGUGAGAUCUGCCGCGCCCAGAACGGCCUCCUGGGUUGCUACCCCAGCAGCCCGGGGAGCUGCCAGGCCUCCGGCGACCCGCACUACUUGACCUUCGACGGCCGGCGCAUAGACUUCAUGGGCACCUGCACGUACCUGCUGACCGGCACCUGCGGUCCGACCGGGGCGCUGCCCGCCUUCAGGGUGCUGGUGGAGAACGAGCAUCGGGGCAGCCAGACCGUGAGCUACACGCGUGCCGUGCGCGUGGAGGCCCACGGGGUGAAGGUGGAAGUGCGCCGGGAGUACCCCGGCAGAGUGCUGUGCCACGCCGGCCAAGGCAUGGUGUGCCAGGCGCACAGCUGCCAGCCCGGGGAGGAGUGCCAGCCCUCUGGAGGCCAGCUGAGCUGCAUCACCACAGAUCCAUGCCAGGAUGUGAUAUGUAGGCCACAGGAGUCGUGCAAGGUGAAAGACGGCGAGGCCGUGUGCGUGCCCAACUAUGAGAGCACGUGCUGGCUGUGGGGCGACCCGCACUACCAUUCCUUCGACGGCCGGGACUUCGACUUCCAGGGCACCUGUGAUUACGUGCUCGCAACAACCACCUGCCCUGGCGUCAGCACCCACGACCUGACACCCUUCACUGUCACCACCAAGAACGAGAACCGGGGUAACCCUGCCGUGUCCUAUGUGAGGCGAGUCACCGUGACGACGCUGGGCAUCAGCAUCGCCAUCCACAAGGACGAGACCGGCAAAGUCCGGGUGAACGACGUGCUGACGGCAUUGCCUGUCUCCGAGGCUGGCGGGCGGAUUUUAGUGACCCACGGCCCGUCCAAAGCAGUGCUGGUGACUGACUUCGGGCUGCAGGUCACCUAUGACUGGAAUUGGCGCGUGGAGGUGACGCUGCCCAGCAGCUAUCACGGCGCAGUGUGCGGGCUCUGCGGGGACAUGGACAGCAACGCCAGCAAUGACCAGGCCUUCCCCAACGGCACGCUGGCUCCCUCCAUACCUGCCUGGGGCGGCAGCUGGAAAGUGCCAGGCUGGGACCCACUGUGCUGGGACGAAUGUCAGGGAUCCUGCCCCACAUGCCCUGAGGACCGGCUGGAGGAGUACGGGGGCCCGGCCUACUGUGGCCCCCUGGCCUCUGGGGCCGGGGGUCCCUUCGCCGCCUGCCAUGCCCACGUGCCUCCCGACAGCUUCUUCAAGGGCUGCGUUCUGGACGUCUGCCUGGGCGGUGGGGCCCACGACAUACUGUGCAAGGCCCUGGCUGCCUAUGCUGCCGCCUGCCAGGCCGCAGGCAUUGUCAUCAAGGACUGGAGGCCGCAGGCGGGCUGCGAGGUCUCCUGCCCAGACAACAGCCACUAUGAGCUCUGUGGCCCACCCUGCCCAGCCAGCUGCCCGUCUCCCACGCCCCCCACCACCCCAGCCUUCUGUGAGGGCCCCUGCGCUGAGGGGUGCCAGUGUGACCCAGGCUUCAUAUUGAGCGUGGAUCGCUGCGUCCCGCUGGACGGCGGCUGCGGCUGUUGGGCCGACGGCAACUACUACGAAGCAGGAAGCGAGUUCUGGGCGGACGCCACCUGCUCCGAGCGGUGCCGCUGUGGGCCCGGGGGUGGCUCAGUGGUCUGCACGCCUGCCAGCUGUGGGCUAGGAGAAGAGUGCACGCUGCUGCCGUCAGGCCAGCUUGGCUGCCACCCGAUCAGCACCGCCGAGUGCCAGGCCUGGGGUGACCCCCACUACGUCACCCUGGAUGGGUACCGGUUUGACUUCCAAGGCGCCUGCGAGUACCUGCUGAGUGCGGUCUGUGGUCACCCACCCCAGGGUGUGGAGCCCUUCAACGUCACUGUUGCCAAUGAGCACCGGGGCAGCCAGGCCGUCAGCUACACCCGCAGCGUCUCCCUGACCAUCUACAACCACAUCCUGGUGCUCAGUGCCCAGUGGCCCCGGAAGCUGCAGGUGAACGGCGAGCUCCUGUUGCUGCCCUUCCAGCUGGACUCUCGCCUGCGUGCCUAUGUGAGCGGCGCCGACGUGGUGGUGACGGCCGCCAACGGGCUCUCCUUGGCUUUCGACGGGAACAGCUUCGUGCGCCUGCGCGUCCCCGCGGCGUACGCGGGCGCCCUGUGUGGCCUGUGCGGGAACUACAACCAGGACUCCUCCGACGACCCGGAGGCGGUGGGCAAGGACCCGGGCCGCUGGCAGGUGGGCGGCGCCCCGGGCUGCGGGCAGUGCGGCGGCGCGUGCCCUCCGCUGUGCACGCCCGAGGAGCAGGCGCAGUUCGGCGGCGCGGAUGCCUGUGGCAUCAUCUCGGCCCCCGAUGGCCCGCUGGCGCCCUGCCACGCCCUUCUGCCUCCGGAGCAGUACUUCCAGGCCUGCCUGCUCGACGCCUGCCAGGCUCAGGGUCACCCGGGAGGCCUCUGCCCUGCCGUGGCCGCCUACGUAGCAGCCUGUCAGGCCGCCGGGGCCCAGAUCGGAGAGUGGAGGCGGCCAGACUUCUGUCCCCUCCAGUGCCCUGCCAACAGCCACUACGAGCUGUGCUCCGACUCGUGCCCGGUGAGCUGCCCCAGCCUGUCGGCGCCUGAAGGCUGUGAGUCCCUCUGCCGGGAGGGCUGCGUCUGCGAUGCUGGCUUCGUGCUCAGUGGCGACACCUGCGUGCCGGUGGGGCAGUGCGGCUGCCUCCACGAAGGCCGCUACCACCCGCAGGGCGAGGUCUUCUACCCAGGCCCCAAGUGCGGGCGGCGCUGCGAGUGCAGGCCGGGCGGCCAGGUCAGCUGCCAGGAGGGCGCCGACUGCGGGCCCCACGAGGAGUGCCGGGUGCAAGACGGCGUCCAGGCCUGUCACCCCACCGGCUGUGGCCGCUGCCUGGCCAACGGGGGCACCCACUACGUCACCCUCGACGGGCGCGUCUACGACCUGCACGGCAACUGCUCCUACGUCUUGGCCCAAGUCUGCCGCCCGCAGCCUGGGGACGAAGACUUCACCAUUGUGCUUGAGAAGGACGCGGCUGGGGCUCCCCAGCGCCUGCUGGUUACUGUGGCCAAGCAGGCGGUGAGCCUGGCUCCGGGGCCGCUGGUCACCGUGGAUGGCGAGGUGGUGACUCUGCCUGUGUCUGUGGGCCACGUGCGGGUGACUGCCGAGGGCCGGAACAUGGUUCUGCAGACGACCAAGGGGCUGCGGCUUCUCUUUGAUGGCGAUGCCCAUGUCCUCAUAUCCAUUCCCAGCCCCUUCCAUGGCCGGGUCUGUGGCCUCUGUGGGAACUUCAACGGCAACUGGACUGACGACUUCGUUCUGCCUGAUGGUGCCGUGGCCCCCAGUGUGGAGGCCUUUGGGGCCGCGUGGAGAACCCCCAGCUCCGCCAAGGGCUGUAUCGAGGGCUGUGGGCCCAAGGGCUGUCCCGUGUGCUUGGCAGAGCAGACAGCACCGUUUGAGAGCCUCCAGGCCUGCGGGAAGCUCCGGGACCCCAGCGGCCCCUUCGUGGCCUGCCAUGAGGUGCUGAGCCCCUCUGAGUAUUUCCGCCAGUGUGUUUACGACAUGUGUGCGCACAAGGGCGACAGCGCCUUCCUCUGCAGCAGCCUGGCGGCCUACACGGCAGCCUGCCAGGCGGCCGGCGCCAAAGUGAAGCCCUGGAGGACAGACAGCUUCUGCCCACUCCGCUGCCCCGCCAACAGCCACUACUCCACCUGCAUGCGCUCCUGCCAGGGCUCCUGCGCGGGGCUCGCCGGCCUCGCUGGCUGCACCACCCGGUGCUUCGAGGGCUGUGAGUGUGACGAAGGCUUCCUGCUGUCUCAGGGUGUCUGCAUCCCCAUCCGAGACUGCGGGUGCACCCAUGAUGGCCGAUACUUGCCGGUGAACUCCUCCCUGCUGACCCCAGACUGCAGAGAGCGCUGUUCCUGCUCCUCACGCUCUGGCCUCACAUGCCAGCCCGCUGGCUGCCAGUCAGGCCACGUAUGUGACGUCCAGUCUGGGUCCCGGAACUGCUGGCCCCCCCCGGGUCUCUGCUCCCUCUCUGCGGAUGGCAAACUCACCACCUUCGAUGGGACGCACAAUACGAUCAGCUCCCCCAACAUCUAUGAGCUCUCUUUCCGCUGCCCAGGAUUCCAGGCGGCCGUCCCCUGGUACCGCAUCCUUGUUGACGUCCCGUCCUGUGGCAGCAAAGCUGUCCGUGUGGGCCAGGUCCACGUCUUCUUCCAGGACGGGCUGGUGACUGUGAAUCCGAACAAGGGCGUGUGGGUGAAUGGUCUCCGAGUGGAUCUCCCCGCUGACGUGUUAGCAUCUGUGUCCGUGAGUCGGAAUCCUGAUGGCUCCGUGCUCGUCCAGCAGAAGGCAGGGGUCCAGGUGCAGCUUUGGCCCAAUGGACAGCUGACUGUGAUGGUCAGAAGUGACCACACCAGGAUGCUAUGUGGGGCCUGUGGAAACUUCAAUGGAGAUCAAGCCUAUGAUGGGCACACCUCCCAAGGGAAGACACCGAUGGAGAGAUGGACAGCAAAGGACUUCUCCCCAUGUUCCACCUGACCUGCCACCACCUGGGGAUGAGAACUUCAGGGCCUGAACGCCUCGGACACUGCAGUGAUUGAAGGCGGUGUGUGUCAUUUAUGGUCCUCUCCCAGGUCUACCCCU